CCUGAGGGUGGGAGAGGCAUCUGUGUGAGGCCAUCAGAAUGGGCAGCCGGGGCCAGGCCAGCGACUAGCACCUGGUCUCCGAGGUGGGCAUCUUCCAAGUGGCCACUGCGGCUCAGCCCUGCUUGGGAAAGCCGUGGUGUGGGGUCAGCAGUGCGGCAGACCGGUCGCUCCAGAGCUGGCGGCCUCUUCCAAGGGGGGAGGUGAGGAGCCAGGUGCAUUUGUCCCAGCCAGCCCUCCUCCUACCUGCGUCUGUCUCACGGGUCUGCGCUGGGGAGAGGGCCACUUCCCUGGGAGCCCAGCGCCCCCAUGCCAGGUGCUCUCUGGAAUGUCUCGUGUCAGUGGCCUUGUUCCUUCCCCAGGGCGCCCUGUUCUGAGUUUCCAGAGGCAGCACCUUGUGUUGGGUGGCUCCCGUGUUUUGCUUUUAAAGUGGAGAGCGGUUUCUGGCUCCGCAGAAUCGAGGGGAAGGAACGGGAGCUCCUAUAGGCACGUAGCCGCCCUCAGGGCAGCAUCCCCCCCAGCUGAUGGACCCGCACGGACGCUGUAUCAGCGGAGCCCCUCCUUUCCGAGGGGGUUCACUCUCCAUGGUGUGCGUGCUGUGGGCUCGGACGGGUGUGGAAGGACGCGUGUCCGUGCCCACAGGGUCACACAGAGUGAUGGUUUCACGGCCCCGGAGCUCCGCUGGGCCCCCCGAGUCCCCCAGCGCCCACCGAGGGGCUCUGUCUCGUCUCCACAGCCCCGCCUUCUCCAGAACGCCGCCGUCCACUUGGAGUCACACGGCGAGUAGCCUGCUCGGAUGGGCUCCCUUCGCCCAGUAAUACGGCUUCCGCCGCGUCUUCUCGUGGUGGGAGCUCGCUUCUGUCCAGCGCUGACCCCUGUUCGUCGUCUGGGCGACCACAGUCUAUGUAGGCUCUCUCCUUCUGAAGGACAGCUUGGGGGCUUCCGACCUGUGGGUAAACAGGCUUUGGUGCAGACGUAGCUUCGGCUCCUGUGUAGUGUGAGAGAGGGUUUUGUUCUGUAAGAAGCCGCCGGGCUGUGUCCAGCGCGGCUGUCCUGUCCUGUGGUCCCACCAGCUGGGCGUGGCUUCUUUGCCAUGUGCGUAUUCUCUUGGGGGAGAUGUCUGUUACAUCUCUACAUCUACAGAUGUCUCUGGCCCAUUUUUAAGCGGGUUGUUUCCUUCCUGUUGAGGCUCAAGCGUUCCUGUGUGUUUUGAACAGUGGGCCUUGGUGGGAUGUGACAUCUGUCUGCUUCCCUCCUUAGGCGAAGGCUGCCUUUUCUUACUCCUUGACACCUGAGGCCUUGCUCAGGUGCUGGCCGCGUACAAGAUGCUCUGGGUUCUGCUCCUGGCUGUGCUGGUUUCGCUGGGAUGCCCUCACGUCGGUCUGCUGGUGUCUGGGCUGCCGUUGAGCGUGGGGAUGGUUCUCUGCUGCCUUGUUUCCUGGCCGGUGCCCGCCGGCCCCUGUGUACCAGCAGAGAGUGGGCCGGGGACACUUCGUGCAGGACCUCCCUGCCCCUAUGUGGCCUCCCUCGGCAGCAGCACUCCUGCCAUGGCCUCCUCCAGAGGGUGCCUCCGCCCCCCUGGGCACGGGUGAAGGUGACGGCUGGGGUCACGCUGCCACCGUGUCCCCUGCCGGCCAGGCCCCCCCACCCCCCUCUUGCAUGGCUGCACUUAUACCCCCAGGAGGCUUGCUGAGCUUAGCAAAUACGAAUGCAGGGCACCCUGUGCAGUCUCAGACAGACCGCGAGGGACGUUUAGGGUAGGGAUGGCCUCUGCAGCGCUAGUGAGCUACUCUGGCUAAAGACAGGAUUCCCUGUUUGUCUGAUAAAGCUGAUCUGGCGGCACUGGCCAACAUCUGGGGACACUUGCGGUUGUGACUCAGGGCUGGAGGUGUAGGUGCUCCUGGCAUCGAAUGGGCUGGGACUUGGGGUGCUCUCAGUGCCCUGCUGUGCCCAGGAUGGCCCCCCAGAGCGGCCCAGCCCCCACGUCAGCCCCUGCGCACAGGCUCGCCUUAGGUCGCCCCUUCUCCUGCCGACCUGGCCCCUGUUCCUCAGCUGCGGCAGGGCCAGCAGACGGUCUGACUUGGGGGCACAGGGGAGCAGGGGUGCUUUGCAGCUUUGUUGGUCCCAGAGGCUGCGUGACACACAGAACGUGGCCCUGCCUGCUGUGGCCUGCCUCAUCGCCCUGACUGGGUCAGCUCCCUCCCCGGCCGGGACCUGCAGAGACUCCCCGAGCACGACGAGGCACCCGCCUUCCUCCUGGAGUGCGACCGCGCGGUGCUGGGCGCGCUGCAGAGACACCUGGCGCUGUACAAGAUCCGGCGGAAGGUCACGGUGGAGCCGCGCCCCGAGCUGCGCGUGUGGGCUGUGCUGCCCCGCACCCCGGCGGAGGCCGGCGGGGCUGCGCCGCUGCGGGAGCAGGCCGAGGGGGCCGCCGUCCUCACCCGCGACCCCCGGACCGCCCGCAUGGGCUGGCGGCUUCUCACCCAGGACGAGGGCCUGGCCCUGGUGCCCGGCGGCCGGCUGGGAGACCUCCGCGACUAUCACCGCCACCGCUACCAGCAAGGCGUUCCCGAGGGGAUCCAUGACCUGCCCCCAGGAGUGGCCCUGCCCCUGGAGUCCAACCUGGCUUUCAUGAAUGGUGUCAGCUUCACCAAGGGCUGCUACAUCGGUCAGGAGCUGACGGCCCGCACCCACCACAUGGGCGUCAUCCGCAAGCGCCUCUUCCCGGUGCGGCUGUCGGGCCCUCUCCCGGCCGGCGGCGUCAGCCCUGGCACCUCGGUGCUCACUGCGUCCGGGCAGGCAGCCGGCAAGUACAGGGCAGGCCAGGGGGACGUGGGCCUGGCCUUGCUGCGGUCAGAGCAAAUCAAGGGCCCUCUCCACAUCAGGACCGCUGAGAGUGGCCAGGUGGCCUUAACUGCCUCCGUGCCGGACUGGUGGCCCACAGCCACCAAGUAGCUCUGGAGCUGCCAGGGGCCGCGGAGGGCCCUGUCCAUCUGCUGCGCUCUGCAGGCUGGCCCCCACUUCCCACAGUUGUCUGGUUAAUGCACACACCCCCCAGAGGCCUCCCAGUGUCGUGGGCCUCCCAGGCUGCGGGCAUCGUGGGUGUGCAGGUAUGGCCCGGACGUUUCCCACAGAGGGUCCGAUGCCCAGCUCGGGCUGUCCCCUCCCGGCCGCCCUGUGGCCAGGAGGGGCAGGAGCCCUCCCGCAGCGUGGGGGUGAGGACAAGCAGGCCCUGCACCUGCUUCUGGGCUGAGCUGAGCUGCAGCUUCUGCCAGAUGAGGAUGGACAAGACCUCAGCCGUCCGGGUUUAGAGGGUGUUCAGCCAUCCGCCCAGGACAAGCACAGUCCAGAGCCUUGCCCCUGGGCUGCCUGCACCUGUCUCCCAUCUGGGCUUGGCUGAAAGGACAGGUGGGCCCUGGGAACUGCCUUACCAUGUGCAGGCUGUGGGGGGCCCCGCCAGCAUUUCAGGUGGGGUCCCCACCUGUGCUCCGUGGUCUCGGCAGCAUGCGCCCCACCCCCGGGGCUGCUCAGGGUGCGGGGAGGAGCUUCUGCUUGGUUUCCUUGCUGCUGGUUUGAGAUGUUGCUGUGUCCUGACAGCUGACUCCCCCCUCCUUAAACCACUGACUUCCAUUGUCCCCUGCAAUGUGAACCUCAUGCUUACAGGGUGUCCCCCUUGAUGCUCCGGGGCGGCUAUUAAAGCGUGACCCACCAGCAGCCUGUGUGGACCGCUGGUCUCAUUUUGGGCGGAAGGUGGUGGGAUGUGGCUUUGGGCAGAGCAGAUACACAGAGCACACCGGGUGAAACCUAGCCGCAGAGUGCUGGGACGGCAGGGGAGCACUGGGUCUGGAGCAGACGGUGGAGGGCAGGGCUUGGGAGCGGUUGCAGCCCCAGGCCCCUCAGCUCUGGCUCCCCUUUAUAUCCUCGGAGGGGAGAGGUUACCAGGAAACCGUGUUAAUGCCAGCACCUGGGCCGUCAUGGGGCGGUGGUAAGUCCUGCAAGUGUGUACCCCCCUCAGCGCCCACUGGCUGGUCUCCAGACCAACACCAGGCCCCAGUCAGGGUUUGGUCUCCUGCGCAGCCGAGGGCCGCUCAGUGCCCCUCAGUGUGUGACCCAGGGCCUGGGAGCCAGCCUCGCACAACGGGUGUGCAUGCUCGGAGCCUGCGCUGCUGCUGAAGACACUCCGGGCUCCUCAGGGUCUGUGGACCCACCUGCAGAACGUGGGCAGUGGCGUGGGUGGGACCUAGAGCCCUGUGCUGGGAGCUGGGAGCAAACAAGAGGGAGGUCAGCCACGGUGGUUGGCGGCUAGCUCGGACAGCUUCCCAGCGAAGUGCUGCCUUUGAGGUCCCGUGUCUUCUAAUGUCUUCAGUCAGGAUUCCGGGUCACUGGGACCUGAGAUUAUUCCGCUCAGACCCAGAUGAACACACAGUCCGUGUUCUACCUCGGGGCUUUUUAAUGGAAGCUGCCGUUCAACAGAAGUGCUCCCUUUGUUGGACAGACCGAGGCCCUUUUCACAGAAACCCUGGUGCUUUCAAGAAUCUCUGGCUCCUAGGAGCACACGGCCGGGAUCCGAGGGGACAUCUGCCUCUGAGUGUGUGUAGGCUGAUCUCUGAGAGUCGGAGCUGGUGCCAGAAAGCCCCCUGUGGCUCUGUCUACCUCAGUUUGUACCGAGUACAGAGUUCCAGGAAGUAAGCUGUCAUUCACUGCGGCCCGAUGCCCCGGGAGGGUCCGAGUGGUGGCCGGGGCACUUCGGUACCCUCCACAGCAGGCAGAUGUCCACACAGCCAACUGGUGUGGAAACGCGGCACCCCGCCCGGGCCCCGGGCACAGAGGACCCGGCAGGCAGAUCGGAACGGUUGCUCUGUCUUGCUGGUGGCCCUUCCACGCUCAGCGCGUCUUCUGGUAAUGUCAGUUCUAUACUGUUGUGGGGACGCUGGCUUCGUAAUUCAGCCGGGAAUUGGGAAGUCCGACACCUCCAGCUUUCUUCUUUCUCAAGAUUGCUGUGGCUGUUAUUCAUGGCCUUUCGUCGUUCCCUACCAAUUUAGGACUGUUUGCUCUUUUUCUCUGAAAGAUGCCAUUGGAUUUUUUAGGGCUCGGCCUGAACCUGUAGAUCGCAUUUGGUAGUAUGCAUGUCUUAGCGACAUUAAUUCUUCCGGUCCGUGAGCAUGGUAUAUAUUUCCCUUUCCUUGCGUUUUCAGCUCUUUUCGUCCAUGACUUACAGAUUUCAGUGUGCAGGUCUUUCAUUUCCUUGGUUAAAUUUAUCCCUGGUAUUUCGUGCUUUUUGAGUCAAUUGAAACGGGAUUGUUUUGUUCCUUCCCUUUGCUGUUAGUGUAUAGAGAUGCAACAGAUUUCUGCAUAUUGAUUCUGUGUCCUGCAACUUUAUCAGGCAUCCUGGCUCUUGGGGCUUUGCUCCUCCGUGUGAAUGUGAGCACAUUGUUUGUGCUCUGUUCUCACACAUGCUCACUCACACACACAACUGCAUUCAAUUUGUCCAGCUGGGGGGAGUGGCCAUCCUAGUGCUCUUGAUUUUUCAAGCCCAUGGACAUCACGGAUCCCUUCAUUUAUUGAAGUCUAAUUUAAUGUCUUUUACCGCAGCUGUAUCAUUUUCCUAACGUUCUUACCUAUCUUUUGUUAAAUUCACCCAUGUGGUCUUAAAAACAGUUGUAUUAUUACUGCAAAGGGCCCCUCUGUGAAACUGCACUUGCCCAAGUUCUUCUCACGCACGUAUAGGAAUAGGUUUGCAAAACUGUACAUGGUUCUUACUGAUUCUCUUCUGUAGCGGGUGCAGGGGAGCAUAGACAGUCCUGUAAUCUGAGGAUGAGCGACAGUUUCGUGUCUCUCUGGUGGCCCACACGCCUUCGUUUCCCUGCCCUCCCACGACAUGUUGAGUUCCGUGGGGGGGUGGCACCUCAGCCCACUCUUGAUCCUCAAGGAGGGGCUGUUGCUGUUUUACCGCUUGACCCCUGCUGCUGAGAUUUUUUGGUAGGUACCCUUUCUCAGGCUGAAAAAGUUCUCAUGACCGGAAGUCUUCGUUUGCUAAGAUGUUUCUUUGUUCUGGAUUUUUUUUGGUUAUUCUGUGUGUGUGUGUGUGUGUGUGUGUUUAAUCACAAAUGGGGGCACCUGGGUGGCUCACUCAGUUGGUUGCGUGUCCGAUUCUUGGUUUUGACCCAGGUCAUGAUCGGGGUCGUGGGAUUGAGCCCCGCGUGGGGCUCUGCGCUCAGCGAGGAGUCUGCCUGAGAUUCUCUCUCUCUGUCUCUCUCUCUGGCUCUGCCCCUCCCCCACCCUGCCCACACACUCUGCCCCCAAAAAUUAAAAAUAAAAAUCACGACUGGUUGUUGGAGUUUACUGAGUUUUGCAGGUAUGAAUUGAAAUGGUGAUUGUGUUUUCUAAGAACGUGUCUGCAUCAUCUAAGUUUUCAAAUUCGUUGUGAUGAGAUCGUUCACAGUAUCGUUUUUUAAAAAAAAUGAUCUCUUUUGCGGUGUGAACUGCAUCUGUGUGAAGUACACAAUGCAGGGAAUUUGGGGAAGUGUCUCUUCGUCGCCCUGACCCUGGCAGCCACUGUUUUACUCUCUGUUACUGUGAAUUUGACCCUUUCUUUUUCUUCCCCAUUUGGGCUGCAUGAGUUCCUUUUGGACACUAACCCCUUGUCAGCCAUGUGGUUUACAAAUAUGUUCCCCCAUUCUAGCUGUCUUUUCACCGUGUGGUCCCCCCUCCCGACAAGACUUAUCACUUGUGCUUGGGUGUCAUGUCCAAAAAAUCAUGGCCAACACCACCGUCAAGGAGAAUUUUCCCUGUGUUUUUUUCUAGGGAUUUUACAGUUUUGGGUCUUACACUUACCUCUUUAAUCUCUUUUGACUUAAUUUUUGGGCAUGGUGUGCGGAAGCCUCCAGCUCCGCUAUGUUGCAUGUGGAUAUCCGGCCCUGUUUAUCGAGGACACUGCCCCUGACCCACUGAGGGUUCCCGGUGAGACCUAGACCCUCUGCGCGUCAUGAGCACACUGUGAAUGCGCUCACACGAGCUGUGUCGUCACAAGGCCAGCUUUAUUCAGUAAUAAAGGAAAGUUAGUCCCAAUUAUACAGCAGGCUCAGGAUUCCAAGCUCAGUGACAUUUCACCAGGUGAUUAAAUUUGGCUUCUUCCACGGCACACAGAGCUAGACAGAAAACAAACCACACAACCAACAAGGUAACCGAGGGGGCAGGAAGUUCACGAACCAAACGUGAAGUCAGUCUGUGGGCGCACGGUAGAGGCAAGGCCUCGGCCCGGCCCCGGUCAGCUCUCGGCAUGUCCUGCUGCUGAUGCUCAAGCACGGAGGGAGGCCGGUUCCGCUGGGGGUCCGAGGGGCAGAGCCUUUGGUGGCAGCUCCUUGUUCUGUGGCCAGACAGAGAGGGGUCAUGUCUGAAGAUCUGACAGUAUGCUGCCAAAAUCCUCCCCUUUGUAAGGGAUUUAAUCGGUCUCGGGCCCCUGCUGGCCUCCUCUUUAUCGGUUCUGGGGCUUCCUCAGAUGACACUGGUCACAGGGCUAACUGGAAACUACAGUCCAUCUCAAAUGUCUAUCAUUACCUGAGCCAGGCUCCUGCCUGACACCAGAACCUCAUUGACCUCUCACACUGCUCCUCUCUCUGAGCUGCUGGGAGGGAUCCUGUCUCUGGGUGAGAUCUGGGUCUUUCUGCUCCUCUCUCUGAGCUGCUGGGAGGGAUCCUGUCUCUGGGUGAGAUCUGGGUCUUUCUGCUCCUCUCUCUGAGCUGCUGGGAGGGAUCCUAUCUCUGGGGAGAGAGCUGGGCCUUUCUGCUCCUCUCUCUGAGCUGCUGGGAGGGAUCCUGUCUCUGGGGAGAGAUCUGGGCCUUUCUGCUCCUCUCUCUGAGCAGCUGGGAGGGAUCCUGUCUCUGGGGUGAGAUCUGGGUCUUUCUGCUCCUCUCUCUGAGCUGCAGGGCGGGAUCCUGUCUCUGGGGAGAGAUCUGGGCCUUUCUGCUCCUCUCUCUGAGCAGCUGGGAGGGAUCCUGUCUCUGGGGUGAGAUCUGGGUCUUUCUGCUCCUCUCUCUGAGCUGCAGGGCGGGAUCCUGUCUCUGGGGAGAGAUCUGGGCCUUUCUGCUCCUCUCUCUGAGCUGCUGGGAGGGAUCCUGUCUCUGGGGAGAGAUCUGGGCCUUUCUGCUCCUCUCUCUGAGCAGCUGGGAGGGAUCCUGUCUCUGGGGUGAGAUCUGGGUCUUUCUGCUCCUCUCUCUGAGCUGCAGGGCGGGAUCCUGUCUCUGGGGAGAGAUCUGGGCCUUUCUGCUCCUCUCUCUGAGCUGCUGGGAGGGAUCCUGUCUCUGGGGAGAGAUCUGGGCCUUUCUGCUCCUCUCUCUGAGCAGCUGGGAGGGAUCCUGUCUCUGGGGUGAGAUCUGGGUCUUUCUGCUCCUCUCUCUGAGCUGCAGGGCGGGAUCCUGUCUCUGGGGAGAGAUCUGGGCCUUUCUGCUCCUCUCUCUGAGCUGCUGGGAGGGAUCCUGUCUCUGGGGAGAGAUCUGGGCCUUUCUGCUCCUCUCUCUGAGCAGCUGGGAGGGAUCCUGUCUCUGGGGUGAGAUCUGGGUCUUUCUGCUCCUCUCUCUGAGCUGCAGGGCGGGAUCCUGUCUCUGGGGAGAGAUCUGGGCCUUUCUGCUCCUCUCUCUGAGCUGCUGGGAGGGAUCCUGUCUCUGGGGAGAGAUCUGGGCCUUUCUGCUCCUCUCUCUGAGCAGCUGGGAGGGAUCCUGUCUCUGGGGUGAGAUCUG